UCUACCAUUGCUGUUUACGAACGACCACUUUAUGUGUAUACAUAUAAAUUUCUGUAAUGAACAACGUCAAUUAAAUGACUAUAAUAAUAUUUCAGUGAUAAAGAACAAACGCAUAUUUCAUUAGUCAUUUUCUCCUGGAAUAUGUAAAACUCUCACAAACAGAUGUAUCCAGCUUAGCAGGCAUUGUUUUCGAUGCAAGCGAAUUUCACAUGCAAAUGGAAAUGUUCUUAUUGCAACUGAAGCGUAUUAUUUUCUAGUUUCAUUUCAAUCGGAAUAUGAAAGUUAUUUGGUUUGAUAACAGUCCAUUGGACGUAAAAAAUACGGAUCAUGUACCAAAUGGCCUAUAGCAACUUCAAUGAAACUUUUCUCAUGCGAAGGGAGAUCCCACUGGCGCAUGUAAAUUUCAAAGUGGUCAAUUUCAGCUCGCGUCUAUGAUUUGUUUCCAGUAAGAGACUAAUGUCCAGUAAUGUCGUAACGAAAUGUUUUAUGGAGCCGGAAAAUUGUACGUACGCAAGCGCAGUAUUCACAGGUCGGAAUUGUCCUGACGACGACGCGCGGCUAGUCGCACGCGAGCAUUCAACAUGGAUAAAAUAAUCCCAACAGAGACUGCACAGAAGGACAUAAAAUACGCCACGCAGUUGGUGAAACGGAUUUUAAGUAUAGUGGGCGCCUGGCCAGUUCUGGCCACUUCUUCGUUCUCCAAGAAGCUCGCACAAAAGAUCAAAAACUUUAUCUCGUACUUCCUAAUUCUGCUGCUGCUCAUACCGGGUCUCGCGCAAAUAUUCCUGAAAGAGAAAGAGACCAAAGUUAAACUGAGACUGAUGGCGGCGAUGAUCAACGCGGGAAUGCAGUUCUCAAAAUACACUCUACUUCUGUAUCACGAGAAGAAAAUAAUACACGGUUUAAAUUUGAUCAAGAAGGAUUGGAUGAGCGCCACGUCCGAAAAUCGGCUAAUUUUUUUAGAGAAAACGAAAAUCGGGAGGAGGAUAGUUCUGAUAGCGGCGAGCACGAUUUACAGUAGUGGCUUAGGAUAUCGCAUCUUCCUUCCCCUGUCUAGGGGAACGAUCGUCACUCCGGAUAACAUUACGAUUAGGCCAUUACCUUGCCCGAGUUACUUCAUCUUUAUAGACGAACAACAGACUCCGAGAUACGAGAUACUAUUUGUGCUGCAAAUCAUGGCUGGAUUCGUAACUUACACGGUGAUAGCCGGCAGCUGCGGGAUUUGCGCGCUUAUGGUGCUCCACGCGUGCAGCAUGCAGAGAAUCUUAAUGAACAAAAUGCGGGAUCUGGUGGAAGGAGCGGAAAUAUCCGAAACCGCGGUAGUACAUCAGAAAAUCGCGGAUAUUGUCGACUAUCAGACAAAAAUAAAUGAAUUUGUAAGGAACAUUCAAGGGAUUACAGAAUACAUUUGCCUGAGUGAAAUGUUAGGAGGCACGUGUCUAGUGUGCCUCCUCGAAUAUUGCACUCUCUUGGAAUGGGAGAAUAAGAAUACCACUGGUGUGGUCGUCUAUAUUAUGUUAAUAACAUCUUUCACAUUCAGUAUUUUCGUACUUUGUAACAUCGGUCAGCUGCUCGUCGACGAAAGUAACGACGCGGGGAAGACAUCGAGCACGUUAGAGUGGUAUCGGAUGCAAGCGAAACAGGCGCAUUCUUUGAUACUUAUUAUUGCAAUGUCGAAUUAUCCGAUGAAGCUAACGGCUGGCAAAGUGAUGGAAAUGUCAUUGACUACUUUCACAGAUGUCAUAAAAUUAUCAUUGGGAUACAUGAACAUGCUGCGUCAAGUAGUUUAAUCAUUGUAUCAGUACUUACAUUCACGAGAAAGAU